CGGCGACUGUCUGGCCAUCAGUCGGUUCCGUGAUAUAAAAACGUGCAUGAAUACCCAGGUACUGAUUAUAGGUACGGCUCUAUUCCAUUCACCUGUUCCCAUUCUACCAUCUACGCAAAACCAUCCUUUGCUAGGCCAGCCAAAACACUACUCAACACAUCAUCAUGUCGUCCCAGCUGGACCAUGAGCUCAUCGCUCUCGCCGCAUCCUCCCUCUCUGCCGUCCCAGACAACGACGACCUUCACACCGUCACGGCCGCUGCUCGCACAUCCGAUGGCCUCUCCUUUACGGGGGUCAACGUAUUCCAUUUCACCGGCGGCCCCUGCGCAGAGCUCGUGGUCCUCGGAGUCGCUGCAGCCCAAGGCGUGCUCGCCAAGAACAUCACCACCAUGGUCGCCGUAGGUCGGGACAAUGACAAGAUCCGGGUGCUCAAUCCAUGUGGAAGAUGCAGGCAGGUUCUUCUCGACUACAACCCUAGCAUCAACGUCAUUGUCGUCGACGAGGGGGGCGCCCAGAAGACAGUGCCGGUUUGGGAGUUGCUACCGUUCGCAUACAUAUCAGACGACAGGAACCAGGCGGUCAAAGAGGUCGCCAUAGCUUAAACACUAAUCCAGUCAAUUCAAUCCAUCCCUCUGCCGC